AACAUCAGCUGACAGACUAGUCGCACCACACCAAACUGAGCAAAUAAGUUGGAACCAGACUUUUCCAACUUUAAUUUUCUGACUUCGACGUGUUUAAAGAAAAGAGCCAAGUUAAAGUGAGUUUUUAUCGGUUAUGUGUAAUGUUGCCUAAAACACCCAAAAGUACAUUCUGGAAAUUUGUCAAAGGCAGUGCCAAGACACUUUUUGUAAUUGAAGCCGUUUGUUUCGCAGCCUCUUAUGCUGUCUACUAUCGCAUGAACACAAACAGAGAAUUUCGCCAUUACAUCAACGAAAAUUAUCCCUUUGUUUUAGACUAUUACUACAAAGUUGGAGAAGCAAUUGGAAAUAGCAACUUAAGGGAAAUCGAUUCUACAAUUUGGCGUGCCCAGCAAAAGAAGGAUAACUAG